AUGGGAGCAAGAAAUACAAAAGCGAGUCAGUCGCCACUACACUCAGAGAUAGAGGCUCUCAUAUGGGCAAUGGAAUGCAUAAGGAAUCUCAUACAGUUCUCUGUUACUUUUGCAACGGAUUGUUCUCAGUUGGUGAAGAUGGUUUCGGAACCAAAGGAGUGGCCAACCUUUGCAAGCUAUUUGGAAGACAUAACAAUCUUGAAGAGAAGUUUUAACAGCUCAGAGAUCAUUCACAUACCACGGAUGCAGAACUCAAAGGCGUACAGUCUCGCACGCAGUGCAAGGAAACAACCGUCGCUGGUCGUUCAUAUGGACGCGGAGCUACCAGUGUGGUUUGCAGAAUCUUAG